AUGAGCUCUCAAGUCAGGAGAGAUAGGCCUAGAUUCAAUCCUCAGAAUUCUCAGCAAACAUGGAUUCCUAGAGGUGCAUCUACCUCGGUCGGGGUUGCAAAUGAGCCUUCGCUUCCUCCUAAUUCAGAAAGCAUUGAUGUUGGUGCUGCAUCCCGUCCUGUUUAUCUGCAAAGGCAGCAUAAUGGUUCUGGUCGUCCGCCCUAUAACCAGCACCAAAGGAGUAAUAACAUUGGUCCGCCUCCACCGAAUCAACAAAGAAGAAAUAAUGCUCCAGGAAAUCUGCCUGAUAAUCGCCCAAGAGUUGCAUCGAGGACACGGCCUGUCAAUCAGGGGAAAAGGGUAGCUAAGGAAGAGAAUACUGUGUUGACAGACCCAAACUUGCCUCAACUUGUUCAAGAGCUACAAGAGAAGCUCGUGAAGAGUACUAUUGAGUGUAUGAUUUGUUAUGACAAGGUUGGGCGGUCUGCCAAUAUCUGGUCUUGCUCCAGCUGUUACUCCAUUUUCCAUAUGAAUUGUAUCAAGAGAUGGGCUCGAGCACCAACUUCGAUUGAUUUGCUGGCUGAGAAAAAUCAAGGUGAUAAUUGGAGAUGCCCAGGUUGCCAAUCUGUACAGUUGACAUCAUCUAAAGAGAUAUGCUAUCGGUGCUUUUGUGGAAAGAGAAAAGAUCCACCGUCUGAUCCGUAUCUGACUCCUCACUCAUGCGGGGAACCAUGUGGGAAGCCUCUAGAGAAAGAGUUCGCAGCAGCUGGGACGAUUAAAGAGGAUUUUUGUCCUCAUGUCUGCGUGUUGCAGUGUCAUCCUGGUCCAUGUCCUCCUUGCAAGGCAUUUGCUCCACCUCGUAGCUGUCCUUGUGGUAAGAAGAUGAUUACUACUAGAUGCUCCGAGCGGAGAACUGAUCUUGUUUGUGGACAGCUUUGCGAGAAACUUCUCAAUUGCGGGCGUCAUCAAUGUGAAAGGACAUGUCAUGUCGGCCCUUGUGAUCCUUGUCAGGUAUUGGUAAAUGCCAAAUGUUUCUGCAAGAAAAAGGUGGAGACUGUCAUUUGCGGAGAUAUGAAUGUGAAGGGAGAGUUGAAAGCAGAAGAUGGUGUGUAUUCGUGCAGUUUUAACUGUGAGAUGCCGCUUGGAUGUGGUAAUCAUUUCUGUUCCGAGGUUUGCCAUCCUGGACCUUGCGGGGACUGUGACUUAUUGCCCAGUAGAGUUAAGACAUGCUAUUGUGGGAAAACGCGUAUAGAAGAACAGACCAGGCGGAGUUGCUUGGAUCCAAUUCCUUCUUGUUCAAACAUAUGCAGGAAGCUUCUUCCUUGUGGGUUACAUACUUGCAAUGAGGUCUGCCAUGCAGGUGAUUGCCCUCCUUGUUUAGUCCAAGUCAACCAGAAAUGUCGGUGUGGGUCAACAUCCAGGACUGUGGAAUGCUACAUAACAACUUCUUCAGAGUCGGAGAAGUUUGUGUGCGCUAAGCCAUGUGGGCGUAAGAAGAACUGUGGGAGGCAUAGAUGUAGCGAGCGUUGCUGCCCUCUCUUGAACGCGAAGAAGAAUGAUCUAUCUGGCGAUUGGGACCCACACAUCUGCCAAUUACCUUGUGGGAAGAAACUAAGGUGCGGGCAGCAUUCAUGUGAAUCUUUAUGUCACAGUGGCCAUUGCCCUCCUUGUCUCGAGGUGAUUUUCAAUGAUCUUACGUGUGCAUGUGGAAGUACUUCAAUUCCUCCACCAUUACCAUGUGGGACACCUGUCCCUAGCUGCCAGCUUCCAUGCUCGAUUCCUCAGCCUUGUGGCCAUUCUGCUACACAUGGAUGCCAUUUUGGAGAUUGCCCUCCUUGUUCUGCCCCUGUGGAAAAGAAAUGCGUUGGUGGUCAUGUGGUUCUCAGAAACAUACCCUGUGGGUUGAAAGACAUUAGAUGUAACAAGAUUUGUGGAAAGACGAGGCGUUGUGGCAUGCAUGCUUGUGCGAGAACUUGUCACCCGGAGCCUUGUGACAGUUGCAAUGAAUCUGAAGCAGGUCUGCGUGUUACAUGCAGACAGCCGUGUGGGGCUCCUAGAAGAGAUUGCAGGCACACUUGUGCAGCACUCUGCCAUCCUUCUGAGCCUUGCCCUGACUCAAGAUGUGAAUUUUCAGUUACAAUUACUUGUUCGUGUGGUCGCAUAACCGCCACAGUCCCUUGUGAUGCUGGAGGAAGAAGUGUCAACAAUCUUCUCGUUAAUUCGGUCUCUGAAGCCUCUGUUUUGCAGAAGCUUCCAACUCCGCUUCAGCCUGUUGAGUCGGACGGAAAUCGAAUUCCUCUCGGGCAGAGAAAGCUUUCGUGUGAUGAUGAGUGUGCUAAGCUGGAGCGUAAGCGGGUUCUGCAGGAUGCAUUUGAUAUCACUCCCCCAAAUCUGGACUCUUUACAUUUCAGCGAGAAUUCUGCUAUGACAGAGAUUAUAUCAGACAUUUAUAGGCGUGAUCCGAAGUGGGUACUGGCUGUUGAAGAGCGCUUCAAGUUCUUGGUACUUGGGAAAGCCAGAGGCAGCACAAGUACCCUCAAGGUCCAUGUCUUCUGCCCGAUGCAGAAGGAUAAACGAGACACAGUUCGGCUUUUAGCUGAGAGGUGGAAACUUGCGGUUAGCAACGCGGGGUGGGAGCCAAAACGGUUUACAGUUGUUCACGUAACACCAAAGUCGAAACCACCAACACGGAUCAUUGGAGCUAAGGUUGCUGCUGUCUCGGUAGGCGGCCCACACCCACCGUCUUUUGACCCGCUGGUGGAUAUGGAUCCUGGGCUUGUGGUUUCUUUACUGGAUCUCCCGAGGGAGGCGAAUAUCAGCGCUUUGGUGCUGAGAUUUGGGGGAGAAUGUGAGCUUGUUUGGCUGAAUGACAAGAACGCUCUAGCUGUGUUCCAUGACCAUGCCCGAGCCGCCACUGCCAUGAGGAGGCUGGACCACGGUUCCGUAUACCAUGGAGCCGUGGUUGUCCAGAACGGUGUGCAAUCUUCAUCAGCGUGGGGAAAGUUACCCAGCAGCUCAGCCUGGGAUGUUCAAAAAGGAAAUCCAUGGAAGAAAGCAGUGAUUCAGGAGAAUGAUGACUCCUGGGGAGCUGAAGACUCCCCCAUUGGAGGAUCAUCUACUGAUAUUCAAGCCUCUGCGUGGAAAUCAGCAAAGAGCAACCCUCCAGUCGCUACCUCGGUCAACCGUUGGAGUGUUCUGGAGCCCGAGAAGCCGCAAACAUCCGCGUUGGAGCCAUCGGCUCAGACAGAAGGGAGUAGCAGCUCAAAAGCAGCCGGUAAACAACCAGUGGAAGUCUCCGGGGAAGAAGUGGUGGAUGAUUGGGAGAAGGUAUGUGACUGA